ACAUUAAACACCACCCGACAAAUCCUAUAGGUCGUAAUUUCGCGAGCAACCCAGCACCACCUGCUUUCAAGGGUCUGAACAAUGUCCGAGAGUUUCCGGAAGCUCUGGAAUUUCAAACAAGGUAAGAGGGAGGCAGUAAGCAGAUACGGGUAUGUGCGGAGAGCCGAUGAGAUGCAGUGCAAACCAACAAGCUCUACAUAUAGACCCUUAUUAACCCUUCAAGAUAUCAUACAAGCACGUACGAUAGUCAACAGUAUAUAUUAUUACGCCAAACGACGACUUUGCCACACGGAUAUGGGUGAUUUUCAAAUAUAUGUACAUUGGCUAAGGAAUGGAAGUAAAGUUUUGCUGAGAAAUUGAGUUGUAUUUCUGCCAUCGGGUCUCCUGCGGAUAGAUACUUUUUCCAAACUUGACCAUAGCGUAGGUGUUGCCUUUCUUUCAUUUUCCUUUUUCUGCAAUUGUCCUGGCCGAGUAAUCCCACACUUCCUCAGCACAUUCGAUUCAUAAUUUGACAUUUGUAUCUAUCCAAAUUUACUGCCAUCGUUUGCUCAACUUAUUAGCGACUGCCUUUGAUAGGAGAUUCCACAUACACCAGGCUACCUCAAAUACAGAUAAUAGAACAGCCAUAAUGGGUCAUAAUAAGGCCCACAUCAACAUCGUCGUCAUCGGCCACGUCGACUCCGGGAAGUCGACCACCACUGGACAUUUGAUCUACCAGUGCGGUGGUGUUGACAAGCGUACCAUCAAGAAGUUAGAGAAGGACGCCGCCGAGCUCGGCAAGACCUCUUUUAAGUACGCAUGGGUACUUGACAAGCUGAAGGCCGAGCGUGAACGGGGCAUCACCAUCGAUAUCGCUCUCCGGGACUUCGAGACUCCCCGACACCAUGUCACCGUCAUUGACGCCCCCGGUCAUCGUGAUUUCGUCAAAAACAUGAUCACGGGUACAUCCCAGGCUGAUUGCGCUAUUCUCGUCAUCGCCGCUGGUACUGAUGAGUUCGAAGCUGGUAUCUCCAAGAAUGGCCAGACUCGUGAGCACUCUCUUCUCGCCUACACUCUUGGUGUCAGGCAGGUCAUCGUUGCUGUUAACAAGAUGGACACUACGGAGUGGUCUGAGCACCGUUACCUAGACAUCGUCAAAGAGACCUCUUUGUUUAUGAAGAAGGUCGGAUUCAACCCCAGGCGCAUCCCUUUUGUCCCUAUUUCUGGUUUCAACGGUGAUAACAUGAUUGAAGAGUCCUCCAACUGCCCCUGGUACAAAGGCUGGCAGAUAGAUAUUAGGGGAGGCACGUGCAAAGGCAAGACCCUCGUUGAUGCCAUCGACGCUAUGGAGUCCCCUGCCCGUCUUUUUGACAAGCCCCUCCGUCUUCCUCUCCAGGAUGUUUACAUGAUAGGCGGUAUUGGCACGGUUCCGGUUGGUCGUGUUGAGACUGGUGUGAUCAAGCCUGGUAUGAUCGUCACCUUCGCCCCUGCUGGUGUCACCACUGAAGUCAUGUCCAUCGAGAUGCAUCACGUCUCCCUCCCUGUGGGUUAUCCCGGCGAAAACGUCGGCUUCAACGUCAAGAAUGUCUCCUUCAAUGAGAUCCGUCGUGGUAACGUUGCCGGUGACUCCGAGGAUGAUCCCCCCAAGGCCGUCGAGUCCUUCAACGCCCAUGUUAUCCUACUUAAUCACCCCGGUCAGGUCCGUGCUGGUUACACCCCUGUGGUUGAUUGUCAUACUUCACACAUUGCUUGCAAAUUCUCCGAACUUCUCGAGAAGAUUGAUCGCCGAACUGGCAAAUCUAUCGAGGCUUUCCCCACGUUUAUUGCGUCUGGCGACGCUGCUAUCGUCAAUAUGAUCCCCUCCAAGCCCAUGUGCGUUGAAUCAUUUGCCGACUACCCUUCCCUUGGUCGUUUCUCCGUUCGUGACAUGCGCCAAACCGUCGCCGUCGGUGUCAUCAAAUCUGUUGCCAAAUUUGACUAG